UAUAGCAGAUAGCUAGGUUGAAGUGCUACAGUUCAGCUAGUUUACCAAGUAUGAGUUAUCCAAAGAGUUGCAAGUGCAGACUUAGAUGGUUCUAUUCCAAGGGGGCUCUCUUAGUCAUUUUUUGGACCUUGUUAAUGUCCAUUGUUUUUGGCUCGAUUCUCCAGGCUUACGGUAAUACCUUUCAUAUUUCAGGCAACAGACUAUCUCAUGCCUUGGCUAUUAUCGCUCCGGUAUGUUUUCUUAUUGCUUCACUUGUCUCGGGAAGUUUGUCAGAUACUUCUUUUGGAAAGUAUAAGAUAAUCAAGGGUGGAUUUGUACUGAAUUUCUUAGCAUCAGUGAUAUACUGUAUAGGAAUAUUGGCAGCAGAUGCACUCGUCAUAACUACUGACAACAAAUUUAUCGUUGAUUGUGUAUCGUUUGUUGUUUUUAGUGUUGGCUAUGCUUGCUUUCUGGCUGCUAGCAUUCCAGUGGGUUUGGAGCAGCUUCCCGAUGUUUCCUCUGAGAGUAUCAGCAGCUUUAUCUCAUGGUAUCUCUUGAGCUUUGGUUUAGGCACCUGGAUUGGCACUGUAUUUCAGUCUGUUUACCUAAGGUGUAUUGACGAAGCCCAUACUAAGCUUAUUUUUAAUGAGUUGUUGGUCUUAUUCAUAGUAUCGUGUGCAAGUGCUAUUUUGAUAUCUGUUUUUCUCUUAGCUCCAAAGUGGUUGAUAAUUGAACCAAAGGCCCAGCCUCAGACCAUUAGAUCUAUUUAUCGUGUUCUCAAGUUUGCAGCCAAGCACAAGGCUCCCCUCAAUCGCAGUGCUUUCACGUACUGGGAGGAAGACAUACCGUCUAGAAUUGACCUGGGUAAGACAAAGUAUGGCGGUCCUUUCACCACCGAGCAAGUUGAAGAUGUUAAAACUAUUAUUGGAAUUUUAACUCUUUUCUUACCUAUGUGGAUUUGUCUAUUGGUACUAGCCAAUCCAAUAAUUGUGGACCCACCUGAUGAAACAUUUGGAAUGACAGUUUGUACUGCAGAAUUGUUAAAUUUGUCACACAGUGGUCCAUUGUGGAUUGCGAUUGGCUCGCUAGUGAACGAGUUCAUUAUCUACCCACUGCUCAGACAUAGAAUGCCAAAUAUUUUGCAACAAAUUCAAAAUACUUUUUUUUCCUGACUGCCUUAUACGUCUUCCUAUUAGUAUUAGCAAUUCUUCAUUUUGCUGGUCUUGGAAAAGAUAUAAUGAGUUUUGGUAGCAUUUUGUACGGAAUUAUUAAUGGUUUGCUCACCCGGGCCUAUUUCACUUCAGUACUGGAGUUUGUAUGUGCCCAAUCACCAUCCUACACAAAAGGACGCUUCUUUUGUCUUGUGUAUUUUCAAUACUUGUCAUCUGAAGUGUUUAGUUACAUUUUCAUAGACUACUUCAGACAUUCCUGUAAAGCUGAAUACUGCUCUGUCGUGUAUUGGUCGGUAACAACUGUCAUUAGUUUGGUUGGUUUCUUAUUAAUUUGUUUUGUGGCUCGACGGUACAAGAAAAGAGAAAGAGACGACAUUUACAAUUCUCAGAGACUUGUGGAAGAGGUUUAUGAUCGAUAUCUCUCGCAGAGGACUAUAAGUAAAAAAUUUGGAACACAAAAUUAAUGAAGAAGUGGCACAAACAUGAAUCGAACCUGGCACCCUUAGCUUCGAUUCUGUAAUGGUAAAGGUCGAUAACCGAAAACUGUGUUUAACAUUAUAGUCAAAAGCUAAUGUCAGUAAUGAUCUUUACCUAUUGUCUGUACCAUGAACCUUUUAGUUUCUACAAAAAGCUAGCAGCGAUGAAUGAUGGAUUCUAAGGUGGAACAGUUCAGAGCCGUCACUGGAGCACCGACUGAUGUGGCUAGGAGUAUUCUGGGAGCGUGUGGAGGCAAUCUUGAGUUAGCAGUCAACAUGCACAUGGAGGGAGGAGGGCCCAGUACUAGUUCAUCUGUAGCUACCCCUGGACCUAGCAGGCUGCCUGACAGGGACACGGGACCUACUAGCGAUGAGCUGCUUAGUCCUACCAGUUACGAAGCUAAACACGGUGUACGUGCUCCCAUUCCCCAGUCGAGUGGUGUGCUGAUAGAGGACAAUACUCCACCCAGGAUAAUGAGACACUCUCGAAGAUUACCUCGUACUGUGUUUGAUCCGUUUCAAGAUUUUCAAAAUACAGGGAGGUUUGGAGGAGGCGGAGAUGCUAAUAAAAUGAAGUCUCUGGCAGAACUGUUCAAACCUCCUCACGACAUUAUGUUCCAUGGCACAUUCCACGAGGCAAAGCUGGCUGGUCAACAUCAGAGGAAAUGGCUCCUGGUUAAUCUUCAAGAUUCAAAAGAGUUUCCCUCUCAAGUUCUCAACAGAGAUGUUUGGAGCAACCACAAUGUCAAGGACAUUGUUCGUCAGCACUUCAUUUUCUGGCAGGUGUACUGUAUAACUGAUGAGGGUCUCAAGUUCAAGCAGCUGUAUCACGUUGGCAGCUGUCCUUACAUCGCCAUCAUUGACCCAAUGACAGGAGAAAAGAUGGCUGAUUGGGGCUCACUCACUGUGUCUGCUUUCACUGACUCUUUCCUGCAAUUUCUCUCCAAUCACCAAUACGACACUAACAACCUACCCUCAGGCAGCAAAACACAGGAAAUAGUGUCUGUGAGCAGCGAGGAGUCUCAAUUAGAAGCGGCCAUACAAGCAUCUCUUAAAGAAGCUCAGAAGAAGCAGCAUCUUGUGUUCAGCGAUGACAGUGACAUCGACUGUGUGUCUCUCAGCAGCUCAAGCAAUGGGGAUGUGGAAUAUAUUGGCAGCUCUCUGGGUGGCACAUCAACAGACACAAGAUUGCUUGACGUAGAACACUGUGGGACAUCGAACAGUGGCCUGACUAACGGUGCAAGAGAGAGCAGAAAGAGACUAUCUAACAGAGACGAUAGCGAAAUGUGUGAUGAGCUGCCACGGAAGAUGAUGCGAGCGGAUAUCUCAGAAAUAGUGGAGAGUGGUGGGCCCAGUACGUCAUUCGAAACAGCAAACUCUGACAUACAUUUGGUCCUCUUUCGGCUGCCGGACGGGGAAAGAAUCCAACAGAAGUUUGUCAGCUCAUAUCCAAUCCAGGAGGUCUUCACUUUUCUCAAGUCCAAGGGGAUAGACAAGACUGAACAUGAAAUAGUCACCCAAUUUCCUCAAAGAAAUCUGUGUGAUGUGGAUCCCCUGACAACCCUUAGCGACCUUGGACUACACAGACGAGAGACUGUAUUCAUUCACACAACAGACUGAAUCUUCAUUUAAUAUUAUUUUAUUAUUCACUAUUACAUGUUGACUCCCCUCCCCUGACCUCUACUGAAUAACUUGUUUCAAAUGGUG